GCCUCUCUCGCGCUCCUGCAGAGGCGGCCCGAGCGAGAGAAGCCUGGGCAGCUGCAGCUGCUGUUCUUUGCACGGCGGGCCUGGGAGCUGGGGAAACGGGGUGCGGUGGGGGGUGGGCGACGUUGGCUAAUAGCACCUCCCCCACCCGCGGCCAAGAGGACUCAACUGGGGAGGGGUUAAAAUGUAGAGGGGAGGCGGGGAGAGAUGCGGCCAACACAGCAACGGAGACAAUUCGGGGGAAGCUCUUGCACGCAGCGCUGAACCAGCCCCCUCCCCUCUACGAUCCCCUCCCCUACCUAUCUUCCCGCACCAAAGGUAGGUGCAGUGAGAAGCUGAAGCGCCCCCCUCCCCAGCCUCCCCCAUGGUGGGGUUUGGGGCCAACCGGAGGGGGGGCCGUCUCCCUUCGUUCCUCUUUGUUGCCUUGCUGCUAGUCAUUGCCGUCCUUGCCUUCAAUUACUGGACUACCUCAUCCCGCCAAACGGUCCUGCAGGAGGAGGUGGCAGAGUUGCAGGGCCAGGCCAAGCGCAGUGAUGUUGCCAGGGGGCGCUUGGAGAAGAGGAACUCUGAGCUCUUGCUCCAGGGGGAGCUGCACAAGAAACAGCUGGAGCAGAAGGAAGCUGAGCACAGUCAGCUGAGCAACCAACUGCAAGCCAGGGAAGGCCAGAUAAGGAAGUGUGAAGAGAGCAGGAUUAAGCUUCAGAACAACAUAUCAUACCAAAUGGCAGACAUACAUCGCUUAAAGGAACAACUUGCAGAGUUGCGUCAAGAAUUUAUUCGUCAAGAGGACCAGCUUCAUGAAUAUAGGAACAACAAUACACAACUUCUGAAAAGGUUGGAGUAUGAAAGUUUUCAGUGUGGACAUCAGAUCAAAGAACUGAGGAUGCAGCAUGAAGAAAAUAUGAGAAAGUUAGAGGACCAAGUUACACAAGACCAAAAGCAGGCUGCACACAGAAGCCAGUCCAGUAAAGAUAUUGAGAGCAACCUGAGCAAUAAUCCAACAAUAUUGAAGACAACGCAACAAUUGGAUGAAAAGAAUGUAAUUAGGAAUGAAACACCUUCCAUCAACAAUAUCUCAGAUGGCAAAGAGAAAAUAAAACCAGGAGAUGAUGCAGGCAUGCCUGGGAUAGAAGAGAACGAUGCUGCUAAAGCUGAAGAUACACUCACUGCUUUGAAGAAGCCACUUGUUUCAGCUUCUCAGAAUGAACCUCAACCCAAUGGAAAUCUUCCAACAGAAAAGCCCCAUGCUCCAAACCUGGCUCAAGGUGUAAACAGUAACCAGGAUGGAAAUGCUGACAUCAUAAAGCAGAUCCCACCAAAUCCUCUUCAGCAUUUGAUUCCUGAUCACGUCCUAGAUAAUCAGAAAGCUGAAAAAGAACAUUUAAAAAAGGACAGAAUCAGUGACUUCCAAAGAAUGAAGCAAAGCCGGUUCUUUGAUGAGAAUGAGUCCCCUGUUGAUCCGCAACAUGGCUCUAAACUGGCGGAUUAUAAUGGGGAUGAUGGGAACGUGGGUGAGUAUGAGGCAGACAAGCAGGCUGAGCUGGCCUACAAUGAGGAAGAGGAUGGUGAUGGUGGUGAAGAAGACGUCCAAGAUGAUGAGGAGAGAGAGCUUCAAAUGGAGCUUGCAGACUACGGAAAACCACACUUCAACGAUGUACUUUAAAUUCCAAAUUACCUUUAUCUGAGGGAUUCUGCAAGAGGGAAAAAAUCGCAACUGAUUUUUCAGUAUUUACUGUAAGAGACACUGAAAAUAAUGACAGCAAAGAGUUAACAGUGGAAGGAAAAGGUAAAAUGCUGUGUAUAUGUAUAUAGUUGUACUUAUUUCGCAAAUGAACAGAACCAGAGAUGGUUUGUUCUUUUAGGAGAUGCUUAAUAACCUGAAACUACGCAAAGUUGGGUGCACCUGGCUCUUUAUUGGACUGGGCAGUAAGACUGUUCCUUACCUGUAACCUUUGAAAUAAUAGCUAACAUUGCAAAAUAACUUAGGUCAACAUGUUUCUGAAACUAAGCCACUUUGUAAACUGGAGAACUUUGUACAGUUUGUAUCUUAUAUAUGAAUUACUUCAUUGCAGGAAUAACUGUACAGAUGGGACACUCUUUGAUACCACAAUGUAUUUAACCCAUGCAAGCAAAUUAUUCAUUUCUCUUACUGUUGUGACUUGCAUUUUAGAGACUACAUUUCAUUUUGAGAAAGUUGACUGAAAAUGUGUUUGUGUUUUAUGAAAGAACUUUCCUUACUAUAACUAAGGAAGGUCUAUGUGAUACAUACUACAUUAAUUCUAUACAAGACAAUAUUGUUAACUCUAGGAGAGUGACUAAAGUUAUCCAUAGUAAAAAUGCAGCAACAGUGUAGUAAUUUUAUAGGAUAAUUACCAGAGUUUAAAUCUGCAAAACCUACAACCAGUAUUUCCAACACAUAAAAGCUAUAAAUAUUUUAUUUGCCUUUGUUUUUACAGCAGUGAUUUCAAUCUUAUGCAAUAAUAGCCGAAUGUAAUGGAGAGUGGCUAAAAGUGCAAUCUCAUCAGUUUCUUCAUUCAUUCCUGUCUGAACCUCUGAUGUGUUUCAGAAUUGGAGUCAUGCUCAGUUUGUUUCAACUUCAGUGCUGUAGUAUGGAUUACUCAAAACGCUGGGCAUGUUCUAUGUUCUUGCAGUUUUGUACUGUGUUUUUGUGUAAGAGGUCUUUUGUUUUUGUUUUUUUGUUUGUUUUGAUGUUUAAGCACUUUCUGAAGUUCACAGAAAUGGUUAUGCCCAUCUAUAUCCUGAGCAACAAGUUAUUAACCCUAGUUAUCAACAAGGGCUACUGUGAAUAAAGAAUUUAGGUCCUAUGACAGGGUUGAUUGUACUUCAUGAUUUCUGCUGUACUCAGGUUAUUGGUCUCUUUGGUAAGUUAAAGUUAAUUUGCAGUAAUUUAAUUAACAAUUUGUAUUGAAUAAAAAGGAGAGAUCUGUUUAAGACUUCCGUUAGAACAGUGUUUAUUUCUGACAACAAAUAUUGAAGUUUGUGCUUGGGCACUUCUCAAGCACACAAACCUGGACACGUGAGUGGUGACUGUUCGUCUUAGUUUUAUUUUCAAGCUUUAAAACUUACAAGGCUGAACCUGCCUUAGAGGUAGUUUCUCUCUCCCUCUCCCUGCCACCAUUCCUAACACCUCUUUCUCCAUAAGUCUUCAGUGUUGUACUUUGUGAAUUGACCAAAAUGUGUCUGCCCUAAAUUAGGUGUAAUUUUAUUAGGAUUUUGCUGUUGAAAUCCAAAAUUUAAUAGGUUCUAAUAAAACUUAAUGCAGUUUUA